UCGUCAGUCUUCGGAAAGAGUUUGCCAGCGUCGGUCGCUUCUGUAGCGGUAGUGCGUACUCGCGCGUCGAUUCCAGUUUGAAGCCCACAAAGCCUGCUGCUGUGUUCCACCUUGAUCCCAGCAACUAAAGCAACAACAGCAGAGUCGGAGUAGAAAGUGUAUGUGUGUCUGGUGUGAGUGUGUGUGCGGGGGUGGUCAGUAGCAAACCCUGGAAGAGAGACCCCGGGGGAAGACCCCCUUUUUGUGAGCAGUUUUCAUUGAAUAAUAGUGUUAUUUUGCAGUUAUUUUCGGCGGUGCGUAACACGCAAUAACGAGGAAGAACGCGAAAGCUUGAGGCGUACGGAGCAUCGUUGAGUCCGGCCGGGUUUGGGUCGAGAAGAGCUGCAGCAGACGUCAACUACGGAGAUCCAGAGUAGACGGACGGACCAGGGAGCAGAAAUUGUGCAAGAAAAAAAGAUUAAACCUAGGAGAUCAUACGCGUCGCGCCUCAACCUAGCGCGAGUGUAAUUUGAAAAAUUCUUUCCUAAUACUAAAUUGCCAGCCUCUAGCGGCGGCACCGGGGAAAGAAGAGAAUAGUUAUUAAAAGUAUUUUAUGUAGAAAGAGAAGAGUAGAAGUAGAAAAAAAUUGUGUGUUGAGUGAAAAUUUAGCUCUGGCAGAAAAGCAAGCGGCGAAGGAAAAGGAAAAAUUUAGUGCUAAGAAGAGGUCCGAGCAGGCCAAGAAGCGGGGCGGCUACGGAAGCGGAACGGAAGUGGCCACAACAAGCACAUCAGAGCAGGCCAGUGUGGGAGUGAGUGUGUGUGUAUGUGUGGGGAGUAAACAACGGCAUCUAAACAGCAACCCAGAGCGCAAGAAGAAGAGGGUGAAGCACUCGGCAAGCAAGAAAUCCAAAAGUUCGAUUUUCGGUUCUCCAAAAACGGGUACUUCCUGUCUGAGUGUUUCGUUUUUUGCAGGGGGGCAAGAAUUUUGAAAGCUUGCUCCGGCUGUUCAGAGUGUGUUCGGGUUGGGUGUGAGCAAGAGAGUGAAUCACAUAAGAAUGAUUGUUUGAGAAAAAUCAAUAUUCGCCAGCGCCAGCAAGAGCUAGAAGGUCAAGCUGUGGAGUGUGAAAGUGACACACCUUAAACCAAGGAUCACCAGAACCAAUUACGUCAACUAGUUCCAAGUUGGUGAAGGCUAGCUAAAGCCCAGACACAAGAGAAGAGAUCGAAGAUGGCCCUGGAAGAAACCCAGAACGGGUCGGUGGUGACGGCGGCGGCCGCUGACAAGGAAAAGCAACCACAGACGGCCACCAUUCAGCCGUCCUCGUCGAGCGAGAAGCUGAACGCAGCAGGCCUGGUCGCCAACGGCGGGACGGACAAGUCCGGGCGCAACAAUAACAAACAGAACGACACAAACACAGCCUUUCUGAGGGCAGCUCGGGCAGGAGAUUUGCCAAAACUAAUAGAGUAUCUCGAGACAGAACAAGUCACAGACAUCAACACGUGUAAUGCGAACGGGCUGAACGCGCUGCACCUCGCCGCCAAGGACGGCCACUACGAGAUCGUGCAGGAGCUGCUGAAGCGGGGCGCGAACGUGGACAACGCCACCAAGAAGGGCAACACGGCGCUGCACAUCGCGUCGCUCGCCGGCCAAAAGGACAUCAUCCAUCUGCUGCUGCAGUACGCGGCCAGCGUCAACGUGCAGUCCCAGAACGGGUUCACGCCGCUGUACAUGGCCGCCCAGGAGAACCACGACGAGUGCGUGAACCUGCUGCUGGCGAAAGGAGCGAAUCCGGCCCUGGCUACGGAGGACGGAUUCACACCUCUGGCCGUAGCAAUGCAGCAAGGUCACGACAAAGUCGUGGCGGUUUUGUUGGAGAGUGACACCCGCGGCAAGGUGCGGUUACCGGCGCUGCACAUCGCGGCCAAGAAGGACGACGUCAAAGCGGCAACCCUGUUGCUUGAGAACGAGCACAAUCCGGACGUGUCGUCCAAGAGUGGCUUCACGCCGCUGCACAUAGCCGCCCACUAUGGGAAUGUCAAUGUCGCCCAGCUGCUGAUCGAGAAGGGUGCGGACGUCAACUUUACCGCCAAGCACAACAUCACACCCCUUCACGUGGCCUGCAAGUGGGGCAAGCUGAAUAUGGUGUCGCUGUUGAUCAAGAACCGGGCCCGCAUCGACAGCGUCACGAGGGACGGGCUGACGCCGUUGCACUGUGCGGCACGAUCCGGCCACGAUCAGGUCAUCGAGUUGUUGCUCGAGCACCAGGCGGACAUCAUCGCCAAAACCAAGAACGGUCUCGCGCCGCUCCACAUGGCCGCCCAGGGUGAACACGUCAGCGCCGCCCGAAUCCUCCUGGUCAACAAAUCCCCCGUCGAUGACAUCACCAUCGAUUACCUAACGGCGCUGCACGUCGCGGCCCACUGUGGCCACGUAAAGGUCGCCAAACUUCUCCUAGAUCGUAACGCCGAUCCAAACGCGCGAGCCCUCAACGGGUUCACCCCCCUGCACAUAGCCUGCAAGAAGAAUCGAAUCAAAGUUGUCGAGCUGCUACUCAAACACGGUGCUACCAUCAGUGCUACCACGGAAAGUGGACUUACCCCCCUCCACGUGGCCAGUUUCAUGGGCUGCAUGAACAUUGUGAUCUAUCUGCUGCAACACGACGCUAGUCCCGACAUCCCGACCGUGCGGGGAGAAACGCCGCUGCAUUUGGCCGCCCGGGCCAAGCAGAGCGACAUCAUCCGGAUCCUGCUGCGAAAUGGUGCGUACGUGAAUGCGCAGGCCCGCGAGGAUCAAACGCCGCUGCACGUUGCUUCGAGAAUCGGCAACGUCGACAUCGUGAUGCUCCUGCUGCAGCACGGUGCCAAGAUCGACUCCGUCACCAAGGACAACUACACGCCGCUGCACAUCGCCGCCAAGGAGGGCCAGGACGACGUCCUAGCCAUCCUGCUGGACAACAAGGCCAACAUGGAAGCGGUCACCAAGAAGGGCUUCACUCCUCUCCACCUGGCGGCCAAGUACGGCAACCUAAAGUGCGCCCAACUCCUGCUCGAACGGGGCGCCCAGGUCGACGUCCAGGGCAAGAACGGCGUCACGCCGUUGCACGUUGCUAGUCACUACGAUCACCAGAAGGUGGCACUGCUGCUGCUCGAAAAGGGCGCCUCGCCGUACUCACCGGCCAAAAAUGGCCACACGCCGCUGCACAUCGCGUCGAAGAAGAACCAGCUCGACAUUGCCAACACGUUGCUCGAGUACAAGGCGGACGCGAACGCCGAAAGCAAGACCGGCUUCACCGCGCUGCAUCUGAGCGCCCAGGAAGGCCACCGGGACAUGUCCCAGAUGCUGCUGGAGAGCGGUGCCGAUCCGAACCACGCCGCAAAGAAUGGACUGACCCCACUUCAUCUGUGCGCACAAGAAGACAACGCGGAAAUCGCCAAGACCCUGCUCGACCACAACGCACAAAUCGAUCCCUCGACCAAGACCGGCUUCACCCCACUCCACGUGGCCGCUCACUUUGGCCAGAUCACCAUGGUCAAGUUCCUGCUGGAAAACGACGCCAACAUCGAAAUGAAGACCAACAUCGGUCACACCCCGCUGCACCAGGCCGCCCAGCAGGGCCACACGCUGGUCAUCAAUCUGCUGCUCAAGAACAAAGCCAAUCCGGAAGCGGUCACCAACGGCGGUCAAACGGCCCUCUCGAUCGCCGACAAGCUCGGCUACAUCACCGUGGUGGAAACCCUCAAGGUCGUCACCGAAACCAGUAUCACCCAGACGGUGGACGAGAAGUUCAAGAUUGUCGCGCCGGAAACGAUCCACGAGACGUUCAUGUCGGACUCGGAAGACGAAGGCGGAACAGACGACGGCAAUCUGCUGACCGACACGAACGUUCUGAGCGCCCAAACUCAGCAGUCGUGCAGCAGUAGUGGUGUUAUCAAGUACUAUCAGUCGCAGAUGCGUUACACACGCGAAGAUCCGAUCAUGUCCGAUCAGCAGCAGUACAACUACAUGACCAGCGACGAGAACAAGCAGUUUGACGACACCAACAUCACCAACAUGAGCAUCGACCCGAUGAAGGACGAAAAGUACCUCGAGAAGAUCAUCUCGAGCGCGGAAAAGUAUCACACGAUGGGAAGUGCCCCGCGGGAAUCGACCCCAAACCCGCUGGACAUUACCGUGACCGACAACGUGCACAUCACGCGGAAGCCGAUUCACGUCGGUCAAUCCCCUCAAUCACCGCACCGAACACCAUUCCGUAGUAGCAACCUGUCCCUGUCGUCCCUCGGCGGUGGCCUGGCACAGUACGUCGAAAAGAAAAACUUUGUGCCACUGUGUAGGGAAAGAUUCCUGGUUUCGUUCCUGGUGGACGCCCGGGGUGGUGCCAUGCGCGGUUGCCGUCACAGCGGAGUGCGCGUGAUCGUGCCACCACGAUCGGCCGCCCAACCGACGCGCAUCACGUGCCGCUACGUGAAACCGAACCGGAUCACCAACGCGCCACCGCUGAUGGAGGGUGAGGCGCUCAUUAGCCGGAUUCUGGAGUUGGCCCCGGUCGGGGCUAAGUUUUUGGGACCGGUUAUUCUGGAGGUUCCUCACUUUGCUUCGCUGCGCGAAAAGGAGCGCGAGAUCAUCAUCCUGCGGUCGGACAACGGAGAGACCUGGCGGGAGCACACACUGUACGACAGCGAAGAAGCGAUCCACGACGUGCUGAACGAAACGUUCAAGGGAGACACGCUGAACUUUUUGGAAGAUUUGCACACGAACCGCAUUACGCGCAUCUUGACGAACGAUUUCCCGCACUACUUUGCGAUUGUGUCCCGCAUUAGGCAGGAAGUGCACGCCAUCGGGCCGGAAGGAGGUACCGUGUCGGCCACGGCCGUCCCACUGGUGCAGGCCAUCUUCCCCCAGAACGCACUCACGAAGAAGAUUCGCGUUGGACUGCAGGCUCAACCGAUCGACAUGAACAUGACGGCCUCUCUGCUGGGUCGAAGUGUGGCCGUUUCUCCGGUGGUCACCGUCGAGCCACGUCGCCGCAAGUUCCACAAGGCAAUCACCCUGAGCAUGCCGGCUCCGAAGGCGUACAACUCGGGCAUGAUCAACCAGUACUCGGGCAACGCUCCGACGCUGCGACUGCUCUGCUCGAUCACCGGAGGGCAGAACAAGGCCGUCUGGGAGGACGUCACCGGAUCGACUCCGUUGACCUUUGUCAACGAUUGCGUUUCAUUCACAACGACCGUGUCGGCCCGCUUCUGGCUGAUGGACUGCCGCAACAUCAACGAAGCCACCAAAAUGGCCACCGAACUGUACUCGUACAUGUCGCACGUCCCGUUCAUGGUCAAGUUUGUCGUGUUUGCCAAGCGGGUCGACCAAACCGAAGCCAAGCUGAGCGUGUUCUGUAUGACCGACGACAAGGAGGACAAAACCCUCGAACAGCAGGAACACUUUACCGAAAUCGCCAAAUCCCGCGACAUUGAAGUGUGCGAAGGUCGCGUCAUCUACCUAGAAUUCGCCGGCAACAUCAUCCCCGUCCUCAAGAGCGGCGAACAACUCUCAAUCUCGUUCAACGCGUUCAAGGAGAACCGCCUCACCUUCCCCGUCAAGAUCAAGAACAACCUGGAUGACCUGCUCGGUCGCAUCUCGUUCAUGAACGAACCCAAGGUCGCCAAGGGUGAACCAUCCUCGACCCCGCUCUGCACCCUCAACUUCACACUGCCCCCAGAAAAGUACGGCCUCGGCGGUGACGAAAUGGAAACCGCCUCCGAGUUCGACCAGAGCUCCACCGAGGUGCUCAACUACGACCAGCAGGCCAUCGUGAACGCCGCCAACCGCAGCAAAACCCUCAACUUUACCUUCCAAAACGGCGACACCCCGAACGAAAUCCACAAAGCCGACAUCAAAAUCACCGACAUCUGCAACCUGCUCGGCCCCGACUGGGUCCUACUCGCCGAAGAGCUCCAAAUCUCCCCCAGCGACGUGGACCUCAUCAAGCACGAGUACCCGAACGACGAGGCGCAGCAGUCGAUCGUGAUGCUGCGGCUGUGGCUGCGGCAGGCCGGCAAGGACGCCACUGGGAACGUGCUCGAGCAGGCGCUCAUCAAGAUUGACCGGCCGGACAUUGUGAGCAAGUCCAUCACCAACCUGGAGCUGGUGACGGACGAGCGCGAGAAGAAGCUGGCCAAGCAGCAGCUCGGCUCGACGAACGGCAUCGACGAGGUCGACCCGGUCAAGAUCAACGGGGUGGAGUGCAAUGCGAAGGAGUCGUUUGAAGACUCAACCCACGAACCAGCGGAGGAAAAGCAAGAGCACGAACGGGACGAAAAGACGGUGACCUCCACCACCGUGGUCACCCAACAGGACCCGGCAUCCGCCUCGCCCCCAAGUCCCCAGUCCUCGUCCUCGCCGGACAACACCGAAGCGAUCCAGCAGAUCCGACGGGAAAGUGCAAUCCUAGGCAUUGGCGGCCAGUCCUCCUCGGCCCGAAAGGACGACGCAACCGGAGACGGUGGAACGCCCCCACCCAGUCCGGCGGAAUUCGCCGUCCAGGUUAGUGCGGCGGCGGAACCGGAAGUGGAGAUCCAGCAACAGGAACCCAUCGUUGAGGACGUGUCGCAGAUCAUCCAGGCCGCGAUCGCCGAGCACGACACGACCGGAGAUGACGAUGAGUUCGAGGAGGCGAUUCAGGAGCCGGUUGUCCACCGGAUUACGGUACAAAAGCCGUCCUUUGAGGCGGUCGGAAGCGACGAGGAAGAGUAUGGCGGCGAAGAGGAGGAGGAGGAAGGGGAUGGGGAUGAUGAUUCGGAGGACUUUGAACAGCUGGACCUGGAGACGGACAAGAGCGGCAAGGUGAAGACGAUCAAGAAGCACUCCAAGGUGAACAUCAAGAUCAACAAGCAGCUCGCGCAGAGGCCCACCGUCGAAGAUAUUGAGUGGGAGGUGACACCGACGGCGUCGGCGACGGCCGCCGAUCAGGAGGUUGAAGUCGUGACGAAGGAGAUCUCGUCGGUGAAUUUGGAGGACGUCUCGAACGAUCGGAGGUACAGCUUGGACAAGAUGGAACCGACCUCACCGGCGUCACUUCGGGUAGAUCGAAUGUUUGAAAAGUCCUUCUCGACGCCGGGCGAAGAUCAGCAGAAGGCCGAACAGAUCGUGAUGAUCUCGUCGGACAACAACAUCUCCGAAGUGGCGGCCGACUACUCGGGCGAUAUCGAUGAGUUCAUCUUCGUGCAAACCUCGCCGGAGAAUUACGCCAAGAUGGAGAAGGAACAGAACUUGACGGACGAGGACGACAACAGCAAUCUGGUGAUCAUAACCGAGGAACACUACGACUACGAGCUGGAAACGGACGACGACGAUCGGCGAUCGAGUGUGAUCGAUCAGUCCUCGCCGCAGGACGACGACGACGAUUCCCCGCAAAAGUUCAUCAUUGGUGGAACGAGCAGCUCGGAAGACGAGGAACGACUCAUCGGAAGUGACGAACAGCACCGGCGCCGAGAUCUGGCCCUGAACCCAACCGUUCCGGAGUGCACAACGCCGUCGAUCCUGAUCACGCAACCCGGCGCCACCGAAGGUACCGCAAGCUGUUCGAGCGGAUCGGACGUCGCACUGCACGAAACUGGUGGCGAACUCAGUGAUGACGAUGAAACAGGUAAAGUCACCUCUGGCCAACCAGUAGAAGCUACGAACCAAAUGCAGUGCACCUCCGACGACCAGCAACAAAAAGAGUUGGAGUCGACCUCAAAGAAUCCCGUUGAAGAAUCCGUUCCGACUCCGACUGCUUCCGAGGCAGACUUUAUCAUGUUGGAGAACAAUUUCAUGACCCAGGUCGUCGCCCAAGAAGAAGAAGAAAAUAAACAAGAACCGGAGGAAGCGAUCAAAUCGCUAGAACUGAACGGCGACGCAAGCUCGCCGCGCAAACUGCCGGUCGAGUGUGAAGAUCUGUUGGAUCUGCUGGAGGACGAACAGGAGCCGGACAACCUGAACGAACAAGAGGACGAAGAUUCGACCUCGGUGCGCAUGACGGAGGACGAAGAAAGCACCACCACCAGUCUGCCGGUGGCCUCCACAAUUUCAACCGCGACAAAAACUGGUGGCGGAUCAGUCGUCGAACAAACGGUGGUGGUCAAUCAGAGCGAUAAGAACUACCUGGCGCAAAACACCGACCACGGGGUUGUGAUGGAACCAAGUGAGCCGCCCAAAUCCGAUGCCGAUGGAGCGGAGGCCAGCAGCCGGACGGAAACGAACACGUUCGUGAACGAGUCGGAUGAUGGCUCCGUUCGCACCACCGUCAUCACCACCACCACCACGAUCAACGCAUCGGGCGAGGAAAUCCCCCCGGAACUCCAACAGCAACUGCUCGAGCAGCUGCAGAACGCCGCCAACCAGAGUUCCAACGCCACCUGCAUCACAACGGUAACAACCGAGGACGGCGCCCCGGACGAAACGACCACAACCCGAACCACCACCACCACCAAGACGAUAACGCUAACCUCCAUGGACGCGGACUUCCCCGAGGACGAGCUGCUGUCGAAGAUCACCACGACGACGCAGCAGAUGCCGGGCAGCGAUCAAACGCGAACGACGGUCACCGUGACGGAGGUCGUCGACGGGAAGCCGGACGCGAAGCCGUCGAUCAACUCGAUCGUGGACGAGUUCAUGAACGAGGAGAGGAAGAAUUAAGCGCGGAUUGGGGGGCUUGUUGUGAAUUUUGAUUAAUUGUGGCCAAAAAAAGGGGAGAUCAUGAUCGGUAAGUCGUAGAUCGAUUGAAACUUUGUUUUAACUUCCCGGAUAAGUUAUGUCACAAAGUUUGGUUUCUACUGUGAGAAAGUGAAAGUUUUAUUGUGUAUUUAUAUCGUGUUUUUUUAGAGGUAAAUCAAACUAUCUUUUCUCCGUCACAGCAUUACACACACAAGAGGUAGGGCAGCUUAGGUUUAAUCGUGGUGCGAAAGAAGGCCCAACAAAAUCCCAAAUCAAAUUAUAGCAGAAAGUUUUACCAACACCAAUAAAAAUGGCAGAAAAAAAACGUCCUUUAAACUUCAUUUUGAUCGUGCCUAUUUUUAAGCGUUCAAAAGCGUGCUUGUUUCGAUUCAAACCGAAAGGACUGCGAAGCUCGUGCAGAACUCCGACGCUUUUCACUGCAAGUGAGGGCUAGUCGGAGUUGUAAAAUAAAGAAAAGAAUCCAGAGAGAAAAUAUAUAAAAUGAACGUGGAACCAAGAUUAUUUAUUUUUGCUAACAUUUAUCAAUGUUGUCUUUGGAAAAGAGCCAAUAAAGAAGGCGAAUUUGAUAUUAAUUGUGGAAAAUCGAUUAAAACGUAACUUAUUUGGAAAUAAUAAAAAGUAAACAAUAAAUUAACAGCUUUACCUGAAUGUUGACUUCAUUUAGAAACAGGGAAAUAAAUCCCAAAAUUUUCAGAGACAACAUCGAGAUUACGUGGAAUGUUACGGAUUAGAUUAAACUGGGUGCUGACAGAAGGGUGAAAAAGAAGGAAAAGUUGAGCAGUUGGCAAUUCAACUAAUAAAUGUUCAUAUUUAUCUGCUAAAGUCAAAAUUACAAAAAAUCGCAAAAACAAAAACAAACACUCUACAAAUCACACGUGAAAUGAAAGUACAUGUAAGCAACAAUAUAUCAAAUCAACGCAUUGAAAAAAACAAAACAAGUUUAGAUUAUUACAAUAAUAUUGAGCAUCUCUAGAAAGAAGCACGUAGUUUUAGCAUUUUCUCUCAUCUCUGAAGGGGUGCUCCGAAAAGCUCCAGGAUUUGAGGAGCCUCACCACACACACACAAACAAACACACAACGUAGAUGUCACUACUAUAAAAACAGUAUUUUAAGCAGUGUUUUUUUUCAUUUGUUUUUUAGUUCUUAAUUUAUCCUAUUUUUUUAGUGUGACUAUUUAUUAAUUUAACCUUCUUCCAUGGUAGCUUCCCCCCUUUAAAUAUAAGCUUCAUCGUCCUUUUUGUUGUAAUUUUACUUCUGUUUUAUUUUUAAUUUAAUCCACCUUUCAAGAAGAAAAUGAAAAUACACGCAAACACACCGAUACACACACCCGUCCUCUAUCGCAGUAGGCAACUCAACUAAACUAAAACGAAAACUGCGCUACCAGUUAUGAAUAAGCAACUUAUUUUCAAUUUGCGACAGCAGCAACAAAACAAAAACGUAGUGACCCGUGACCCGAAAACUGUAGUGAAAGAAUGAGAGAAAAUCAACAAAUCUACUCUGCCGCCUACUACACGUGAAGAGCAAAAGCAAAUAUUAAACAAA